AUGGGUGGUGACCAUCAAUGUCCUGUCUGUCAGGCUACUUUCACUCGUCCACAGCACGUCGCUCGUCACAUGCGAUCACAUACAGGUGAUCGCCCCUACAAGUGUCAGUAUUGUGGAGACCAAUUUGCACGCAGCGAUCUUUUAUCGCGCCACGUCAACAAGUGUCAUGCAAAUGAAAAACCGCCACAAACCGCCACCAAUGGUCGUCGCAAAGGCUCUGCUUCAACCUCUCGAGCAACUACUUCGAAGCAAGCAUGCGACCAAUGCGUCCAAUCAAGCUUACCAUGCGACGGUUGCAAUCCUUGUUCAAAAUGCUCACAACGCAAGGGUCGAUGUACUUAUGUGAAAUUCCACCGUCAAACCGCACCAAGUGGCCCUGGUCAUCAUGUGCCUCGCCCCGCCUCCCUUUCUUCUUCUCUUGGGAAUGGACGGCUAUCCCUGGACGACUUCAUCCUCGGUCCUUCCCCAGUGAGCGUACCCAGUAUGGACACUUCUUCGGGUGAUCCGCUUUACACAACCCCAUUUUCCUUCAAUCAUGUGUAUGCUUCGUCAGCAAACGCUGUACAUCUUCCCAUGUCGCUCUCUUCCGACUCCGAGAUUGCUGGAAGAAAUCGGGCACAAGCUGACCUCAUGCGUCAUGCCGGAGCUCCCAUGCUUGCAAAUCCUCAAGGUUCACCGGCACUUCUACCUGAGCUUUACACGGACCAUAAUCAACCUUCCAACAAUUGGCUUGGAUGGGGCGAGAGCACAAACCCGGGGUUGACUGCUAUACAAACUAGUCAACCCCAGUUCGCGUCUUUGGAUGAAGCUUUCUCACAAAAUCAAUAUGGUGCGGACGGUUCAGAUAACUUCAGCUCAGAAAUGUUCACUGGGCCCUUCAUUGGAUUAGCCUACCGGCCUCGCCGAGACUCCGUUGAUUACAGUGACGGCAGUAGCGCUUCGCAAUCCAUGCCUUCUAGCGCUACUUCGUCCAACGUCCAUCUCCCCCUAUCGGCGGGGGAUAUGUACCAGGGCGUUUCAGAGGAGUUUCAACAGCGAAUGCUGCUUGACCCUCAACGCCGAAGAGACUCAAUGUCCUCUACCUCUGCACCUGAAUCCCACGACCAGCAGUCCGAUGAACAUUCUCGAGUCGGUGAAGGCGGGUUCUCCUCCGCAUUUGGACUCAUGUCUAUUGACGACCCAAAUGUCCUUGCUGGGCUCUCAACAGAUGGUGUACCUUUCUUCUCAAACGCUGCAAUGAAUAUGCGACCUCAUUCGCCGAACGUUACUCCGAUGCCGCCCAAGGCACUAUCACAGCAGCAGCUCAGAGAUCGCGGCAUGUCACUCUCUGCGUUGCCCACACCUGGUUUAGGUCGUGACGACUUCAUGUGGAAGGCAUUCAUACGCACGCCUAUGAGUGGACCUCAACUCGCCGGCUCAGAAGCGCCGGGCACCAUGCCGCAAUCUCCCUCUUCACGCCGAAGAGUUCGUGUGUCCUCUCUUCCAAGUUCCAAAACGCCCACCGUAGAACGAGCCCUUCCUGGUAUGGCAAACGGCAAUGGAGAGGGAGCUCGCAUGACGCUCCAUGGCAACCCUGAAGAUCUUCGGAGCUAUGAAGCUGCUGUCAAUGCUCGCAACGCAUCGCUCAACCUCAACCUCCCAAAACGGCGAGGUACGCGGGCAAACCCACCUGCAUGUGUUUCUUCCGGUGCACGUGGCACUAAUCGUCGCACAGAUACCACACAUUCGCAGUUGAAUAUCGGUUUUGAUUUGAACGCCAGCCGUCCUUCGAGCUCCUCGUCGGCAUCGUCACUUUCGCAGGCAUUCAUGUCUCAUCUACCUCCCGUGAAGGGAGCUGCACCACCAAUGAAUGGGGUGUCCAUUUCGUUGCCUGUACCUCGUGUGAGCAGCAUGGGAAGUUCAAGCACUCAAAGCGGGUCAAGAGAUGGGUCAAGAGAGUCAUCUGUUGCCUCUGACUGCACAGGAAGCUCGGAGGGCGAAAUAUUCCGGCCUGCUUUCAAGCGUCUCCCUUCACAGACUCUGGGUCCGGCCAAUGCAAAACGUGCUCAAUUCGAAAAGCACGGAGUUGCUGAGAAGGAACCUAUCAUUGUGAACGGUGACCGUACUAUGCUAGGCGUUCCCAAUGGCGGCUCGCGUCACGUCACUGUGCUUCCUGGCCGUGCUCGCCAAUCGAGCGAGAAACAUUCGUCUCGGAAUGGUUUAAACGUGCCACGGCAAUGA